GUUUGACACUUGUUUUGUAAAUUUGCAUCCCACUUUCUUUAAUCAAAGGUGAUAAAUAAAAUUAUUUAAAAUGUCUCGUUCUUCGUCACGUAUCGAUACCAAGAAAGUAAAUUCAGAAUUGGUUACAUUAACUUAUGGGGCUUUGGUUGCACAGAUGAUCAAGGAUUUGGAUAAUGCUGAUGAUGUUAGCAAGCAAUUAGAAAGAUUAGGAUAUAACAUGGGUAUAAGGAUAGUAGAAGACUUUCUAUCAAAAACAGGGAGUGGUCGUUGUCUGGAUCUUAAGGACACUGCUGAUAAAGUACAGAUGGCUUUCAAAAUGUAUUUGGGUGUUCAACCAAAUGUGGCUAAUUGGAGUGCAGCUGGUGAUGAGUUUUCUUUCAUUCUGGACUCUAAUCCUCUCACUGAAUUGGUUGAGUUGCCUGAUGAUCUGAAGAACUUGAAAUACUGUAAUAUUAUUUGUGGAGUGUUAAGGGGUGCUUUGGAGAUGGUCCAUUUGGAUGUUCAAAGUUGGAUUGUGCAAGAUCAAUUGAAAGGUGACAGCAACACAGAAAUUAGGCUUAAGUUUAUAAGGAGAUUAGAGGACUCCAUUCCAGCUGGUGAAGAUUAAAGUAUUUCAUAUAAGUAUAUUUAAGAAAAUAAAAAGUAAGAUUACAGUUUAUUUGACUCCAGGAAACUUUACAAUAUUUUCUAUGUAUUUUGCAAGUGCCAGAAUCAUAGGUUCACUUAAAUUGCGACCCAUUAUUUGUAAACUUAUAGGUAAUCCUUUUUUAGAUAACUUUAUUGGAAUUGAGAUUGCUGGCACACCUUUAAAAUAAAAUUAUUAUUUUAUAGUGUA